CGACAUACUAUACUAUGACAUUUUUGUCAGAUUUUGGACGACAUACUAUACUAUGAUAUUUUUGUCAGAUUUUGGACGACAUACUAUACUAUGACUUUUUUGUCAGAUUUUGGACGACAUACUAUACUAUGACAUUUUUGGGUAAUUUUGGACGACAUACUAUACUAUGACAUUUUUGUCAGAUUUUGGACAACAUACUACCCUAUGACAUUUUACAUCUUCAGCGCUGGUGAUUCGCCCGGCAGGGACAGAGGAUCACAUCAAAUAAGUCAACAAGGAUCAAACAGUUUGUCCUCGUAAUUCAUUGGUUACAUUUUUGAAAAACUUUGACCAAGUGAGAAACCAAGAAAGUCAGAGUAAGAGACGUGAAGACAAGUAUCUCAGUCCACCAGAAGAUGAAUUGUAUCUCUGAUGUUAUGAGUUCUAAUCUUAAAAAGAAGUAAAAACAGCUGUAAGAAUAAGACCUGUGUGCCUGAGGUUGUGAGUUCAAGUCACAUGAUAAAGUUGUUUUUUUUAGUUUAAAAUUGAAUGUAAACAGUCAAAAGUUUCAAAAGUCAGAUUGAACAGGUCAAUGGUGUAGUGAUGUAUUAUUAGUCCACUGUUGCCUUUAGAUGCAGACAAAAAAGUGUUAAGUACAAAGAAAUAUAGGAGUUUUUCAUUUGGAGAAGUGCACUUUCUUGCGUCGAUGUAGAUGAGAGGAUUAAAAACACCAGGGACCGUGCCACACUGAUAGGGGGCAGUGCUGAGCUCAAGGUAAGACCAUCUCCUGUGUAUUUGAACAGGAAAUGCGUAAAUUCAGCGAUUGAAAUCAUACAGAAAACGAAUUUAUAGAACAGUCCAGUGGACAAAUUGAUUUUCUUUUAUCUGCCUCCCCUGACCGCACGUCACUGAAAAACACCCGUAAUUGGACAGGAAACAUAAUAGCCAUGCUCUCCUUGUUUACAUUGUGCUAAGCUCAGAGGCCUUAUUGUAGCCUCAUAUUGAGCAGACUGGUUUGAGUGGUAUCAGUAAAUAAGCACAUAACCUUAUGUCAGGGUCAAAGGGGAUGGAUAACAAACCCGCGGGGGUAAACAGAUAAAGCCUGAUGGUGCAGUGCAUGUGUGCACGUUGAACUGGCUGCGUAUUUGGGUUUAAUUACCGUCUAUGUUUUCCUCUCUCCAAGUUUCCGGUCAGACAGGCGUGACGUCAGCACUCACUAUGGUGUUUAGACUUCACAUGGCUCCUGCUGUUAACCCCUGAGGGCUCUGGGAUGUGUCUGCCUCUCUCUCUGCCCUUUAAAGGUUGUGCUCAUCAUAAGCAAGAGCAAGAACAGAAACAGCUACAUUCUUCUAUAAACUUCGGGGCUAUGGAUCCCAGUCGUACUUUACAGGAAUCAGACUAUUUUUAAUUGGGAGUUUGGUCCAGCCCACUGUCAUUUAAAGCUUCUAAAGUUCAGGUUCACAGCAUAGACUGUUACCAGGACUGUUAUGGAGAACACUGCUGAAUUAGGUUUGGGUUUCGCUCAAGUCACAGCAUUGUCAGUGGACAGAGAGCUGAGGCCAGAAGAAAUGGACGAGUUGCGGGACGCUUUCAAAGAGUUUGACAAAGACAAGGACGGUUUCAUCAGCUGCAAAGACCUCGGAAACUGUAUGCGAACGAUGGGAUACAUGCCGACAGAAAUGGAGCUGAUUGAACUGAGCCAGCAGAUAAACAUGAACUUGGGAGGUCAUGUUGACUUUGACGAUUUUGUCGAGUUGAUGGGCCCAAAACUCCUCGCUGAGACUGCAGACAUGAUUGGGAUUAAAGAGUUGAAAGACGCGUUCAGAGAGUUUGACACCAAUGGUGAUGGUGCCAUAAGUACAUCUGAGCUUAGAGAUGCAAUGAGAAAGCUGCUGGGCCAACAGGUGGGUCUCAAGGAAGCAGAAGAUAUCCUGAGGGACGUUGACUUGAACGGUGACGGACUUGUUGACUUUGAAGAGUUUGUGCGAAUGAUGUCUCGCUAGGAUCAUGAAACGACCGCACCCGAAUGUGAUGCCGCGUCCUUUUCUGUACGGGACCGAGUGCAACAGAGGACACAUCUGAGAUCUUCUGAACCAUCCAAACUUUGAAUGAAAACUGGAAUUCACACCUCCUUGAAUGUUAUGGAGCAAGGGUCACCUCACUUUCAAUCAACAAGUGUUCUUCCUGAGAAGUCUCCAGUUCACGUGAGGCAAACGUUGCUGUAGCCUAGCUGAUGAUUGUUCCACUUAGGUUUUUUUGCACUUUAAUUCUCUCUAAACAACUUCCUGUGUGGAUAGAUUGCUAAUGUCUCGUCUCAUCCUCCACGCGGCUAAUAGAAGUGUUCCGCGACUUGUCAGGGUGAGCGAGUGAAUGUCUGUAAAAUAUCGCUGCACUGUUGAAAUUAGACAUGAUACUGUAAGUGGAAUGUCUUCUGUGUGACACCGGUGCUCCACCAAGGAACAUAUGUGGCAAUAUCACACCUGUAUUGUAACUGUGUGACCGUCUGUGAUUUCUCACUGUGCCAGUCUGGUUGUCCAGCAGCGACAGAGUAUGUCAUUCUCUGUGGUAUGAGAGAUGACACAGUGAUCCUCUCCAAACUGUCUUUUUACGCUAAAAACCAACACUGCCCUGUCUGAGAAUGUAGUGGCAGACGUAAACGUGAUAACAAAUCCACCCAAAGCUGUAGGUGGUGAGCUGUAGACGGGUUCCGAUGGGCCUGACUCAUCGUAGGAACUGUUUUGGUUCCUCAAUCGCCAAGGCAAGGAAGAGUCAUGGAAAGGGUUCGCACAUUUAUUUCAAUGUUUCAAUGCACAGACACAGUAUGUCAUCCUUUUCUUGAGGAAUUCACCUUUGUCCUUGUGCGGACUUUUUGUCGUGCCCACCUUUGACAUUUGCGCGGUAAAUCUCUUAUUUUGACCCGAGCAGCAUGCGGCACAACAAGAUUACCCUUUUUUCCCCUCGGGUCUCGCGUGGCGUCGGGUUUUCCUUUGUCCUUCCUCGCGUCCUCGAGUACUGUUCCAUGUCCUUCAUCAUGGAACAGUGUAUGGCAACUUUGAUGCUACCACCCUCAUGUUGGUGGGGGUGUCCAGCUCGUCCAUGAGUUCAACAUCCUCCAUGGUGUUGCGACAGCUCAAGAGAAAUAACGAGAAGGCACUGAGAGCUUUUCCAUCUUCCGACUUGAUUUUCUUCUGCGUACAUUCAACCGCAGAAGAAGAAGAACUACUCUCGUUGUAGCUGCUGAGAUGCAGAGCAUCCACCGUGCCAGAGGGGGAGCUGUGUAUCUGAGAGCUGGCCUAUCUAUUACGUCACUUCCAGGUACCUGGCCAAUUACAGGACAGUGGGAAAGCUCUCGUUGGCUGGCCAAUCACAACACAGUCCACGGUCUGGGGGUGUGGUUUUGGUCUGGAACAGCGGGGCUGACGAGAACGUAAGUGAGAAGAUAUUUUGAUCGGCUCGUUUGCAGCGACUAGGAGGUUUUUAACCAUGAAAACAAGUUAAUAUAUGUAAGUAGACCUCCAUAACUAACAUAUAUGUGCGAUACAAGCAUUCGAUGUCGCCUUUAAAGCCGAAGCAAUUACAACCCCAUUUCCAUAAUGUUCAUUCAGGAGUUUCAGUGCGUGGUUAUAUCCACGACGUGCUGGCAUGUGCUGGCAGCUCCUUACCAGAUCUUGUGUCUCGCUCCGUGUAUACUGUUCCAAAAAGUACCAUUUGUCCACAUCGUCGUCACUUCCAGAGUCGAAAGUGUGAGUACGACUUCACAACUGUUCACAAAUAGCGCUGUAACAAGUAAAUGAACCAUUUAAACUAAAAAUGACCUCAACACUGCACUCCGACAGAGAACAGCAUACCACAGGAAUGACAUAUGUGAACUGUACUGACUGUGGAUGUAAUAAUGUUGUACCCCCUGUACUAUACUGUAUGUCGGUGUCAAUAUGAAUCUGAAGUUGUGGGAAUAUUCCACCGAUUUGUGUUGUCGAAGAAAUUUCAUGCAUGCCAAAGAGAGAGAUAUUUAAUACAAUUAGUAUGCACCUUUUUUUUUUCUUUUUUUGUCUAACAAAGUCAACUAUUUCGCCAAGAUAACUGUAGGAAAAUAAUAAUAAUAAAAAUAAAGUGUUUACAUUCAA